AUGGCGGGAGAGUCCACGAGGCGCGAUCAGAACUUUUAUGGCCAAUACCACCAGGAUCACGAACAUACCACGGAGAAUUGCAGGAACCUCUGGAACUACCUGGACCAGCUAGUCCGAGAAGGAAAGCUGAAACACCUUCUGCAUCAUUCCAGUGGUCAUCAAGGCCAGACCCAUCAGGAAGCCCGGAGGGAUACUGCCUUAAGGCCAUCUGCAGGGACGAUCAACGUAAUCGUGGCUGCACCAGGAAGAACAGGCACAUGCCCUUCACGAGUAAUCGGGGACUACGAUGUGAAAAGAGUGAUAGUGGAUGGCGGUAGUGCGGACAAGGUUAUGUACCCCGACCUCUACAAGAGGCUGAGGUUAAAACCGGAGGACUUGAUGCCCUAUAGCUCUCCUCUGAUGAGCUUCGACGGAAAGCUGGUCAUUCCAAAAGGCAUGAUUAGGUUACCCAUCCAGACCGGCCCAGAGAUAGUGGAGGUAAACUUUAUCGUGGUGGACACCUACUCCUCCUAUACAGCUAUUGUUGGUAGGCCCUGGCUCCAUACCUUAGGGGCUGUUGCUUCCUCAUUGCAUCAGAAGGUGAAAUUCCCGUUAGGGGACCAAGUUCUAGAAAUCCGUGGUUACCAAUCCACGGCAAGGCAGUGUGUGGUGGCCGACGUCUCACAUUGA